AGAAAUGUUCGAAUUAAAUUCCGGUUUAAAAACAUGGGUAAUUUCGGAAACACAAAGUUAAAUGUCUGACGUGUCACGCCAACGUGGAUUCUCUGCUCUCUUCCUUUUUCCAGAAACCAGGGAGAGAGAGGGUGAGAGAGACGAAGCAUCAAACAAAGGAAAAAGCAAAUACCAGGACAGAAAAUUCCGAGGGAAAACGCGAGAAAAUUUCUUAGGUUCCUGAGAAAAUCUGCAGCUUUUUUUUCUACUGUAAAGGGUAAAGCCGAAGGGUUUAACGUCUCUCCUAUCGUCGGAGAAAUUUGAAAUUUCGUCCGCAAAACGUGAAUGCAGCUUUAAUCUUCCGCAUUUUUAUCGUCGAUCAGAGAUUUUGAAGCUUAGAGAGAGCGAAACGUUUAUAUUGUGAUACAUUUGUGUUUUGAUUAAAUCGUUUGGAUCCAUGGUGUGGAAACACCUUCUGAUUGGGUUCUCAUGGAUUUUUUCUAAUGUUUCUCCCGUUGGAAAUCUUCAUUCGGGAUCGUUUCUAGGAAAAUCUGACCAGAUUUGGCCGUGAUAAUGGCUGCUUCAGUAAAGGUAGCUGUGGGGUCGCAUGUCUGGGUGGAAGAUACUGAUGAAGCCUGGAUAGAUGGAGAAGUAGUGGAAUCUAACGGGGAAGAGAUCAAAGUCAACUGCCAAACCAAGAUGGUUGUGGCAAAGGUUAAUUCUGUCUACCCCAAGGAUCCUGAGUUUCCUGAACUUGGCGUGGACGACAUGACAAAGCUUGCGUAUUUGCAUGAACCAGGGCUUCUUCUCAAUCUAAAAUCCAGAUACAAUGCAAAUGAAAUAUAUACAUACACGGGAAAUAUACUGAUAGCUGUAAACCCAUUUAAAAGAUUACCCCACCUAUAUGGAAAUGAGAUAAUGGAGCAAUAUAAGGGCACCGAUUUUGGCGAGUUAAGCCCACAUCCUUUUGCAGUUGCUGAUUCUGCAUACAGAAAAAUGAUCAAUGAGGGAGUAAGCCAGGCGAUCUUGGUGAGUGGAGAAAGCGGUGCUGGGAAGACAGAGAGCACAAAGAUGCUCAUGCAGUAUCUUGCAUACAUGGGUGGAAAAGCUGAGAGUGAAGGACAGUCUGUAGAACAGCAAGUUUUGGAGUCAAAUCCAGUUUUAGAAGCUUUUGGUAAUGCAAAAACCGUUAGAAACAAUAAUUCAAGUCGUUUUGGUAAAUUUGUGGAGAUUCAGUUCAAUCAUAUGGGAAGAAUCUCGGGAGCUGCUAUUAGAACAUAUUUGCUGGAGAGGUCACGAGUUUGUCAAGUUUCUGACCCUGAAAGAAACUAUCACUGCUUUUACAUGCUUUGUGCUGCGCCAGAACAGGAAACUAAGCGGUAUAAAUUAGGGGAACCGAACACAUUUCACUACCUAAAUCAAUCGAAUUGCUAUGCAUUGGAUGCGCUUGAUGAUUCCAAGGAAUACCUAGCUACGAGGAAAGCUAUGGACGUUGUUGGGAUUAGUCCUGAAGAACAGGAUGCAAUCUUCCGGAUAGUUGCUGCUAUCCUUCAUCUAGGAAACAUCGAGUUUGCUAAAGGUGAAGAUUCAGAUGCUGCAGAACCUAAGGACGAUAAAUCCCGGUUCCAUCUAAACGUGGCUGCAGAACUUUUCAUGUGUGAUGAGAAAGCUCUAGAGAACUCCUUAUGCCAAAGGGUGAUGGUGACUCGUGGUGAAAGCAUUACAAAGCCUCUUGAUCCCGGUAGUGCAGCACUAAGCAGAGAUGCUCUUGCCAAGAUUGUCUAUUCUAAAUUGUUCGAUUGGCUUGUGACUAAGAUCAAUAACUCCAUUGGCCAAGACCCAAGUUCGAAAUACAUAAUUGGAGUCCUGGAUAUUUAUGGAUUCGAGAGUUUCAAGACAAACAGUUUUGAACAGUUUUGUAUAAACCUGACAAACGAGAAGCUGCAACAGCAUUUCAACCAGCAUGUGUUCAAGAUGGAGCAAGAAGAGUAUACUAAAGAAGAGAUUGACUGGAGUUACAUAGAGUUCAUCGAUAAUCAGGAUGUCCUUGAUCUUAUAGAAAAGAAACCUGGUGGCAUUAUUGCCCUUCUCGAUGAGGCUUGUAUGUUUCCAAGAUCAACUCAUGAUACACUUGCGCAAAAGCUAUACCAGACAUUUAAUAACCACAAGCGCUUUACCAAGCCAAAAUUGGCUCGUACCGACUUUACAAUCUGCCAUUAUGCUGGUGAUGUCACCUAUCAGACUGAACUGUUUUUGGACAAGAACAAAGAUUAUGUUGUUGGAGAACAUCAAUCUCUCAUGAACUCUUCAGAUUGCUCCUUCGUCUCAUCGUUGUUCCCUAAACCGCGAGAGGAAUCCUCCAAAACAUCAAAGUUCUCAUCGAUAGGCUCUCAGUUUAAGCAACAACUACAAUCUCUGCUUGAGACACUGAACACCACAGAGCCACACUAUAUACGUUGUGUUAAACCCAAUAACGUUCUUAGGCCAGAAAUUUUUGAGAACGUUAAUGUUCUACAUCAACUUAGGUGUGGGGGUGUCAUGGAAGCGAUUAGGAUUAGUUGUGCUGGAUAUCCUACUAGGAAGCCUUUCAACGAAUUUUUAACCAGGUUCCGCAUUUUGGCUCCAGAGGCUACGGAUAGAAGCUUUGACGAAGUCGAUGCUUGCAAAAAGCUACUAGCAAAAGUUGACCUUAAAGGUUUUCAGAUAGGGAAGACAAAGGUGUUUCUUAGGGCAGGUCAGAUGGCAGAACUGGAUGCUCACCGAGCUGAAGUUCUUGGACAUUCAGCAAGGAUUAUACAGAGGAAACUCCGUACAUACCAAUCUCGCAAAAAAUAUAUGCUAUUGCAGUCCGCUUCAACUGAAAUCCAAGCCUUUUGUAGAGGAAGUAUUGCACGUAUUCAGUUUGAGGCCACGAGAAAAGAAGCUGCUUCUGUGAGAAUUCAGAAGCAGGCGCGGACAUAUAUAUGUCAGACAGCCUUUAAAAAGUUGUGUGUUUCAGCUAUUUUUAUUCAGACUGGGUUCCGUGCAAUGGAUGCUCGAGUUGAACUUCGAUACAGGAAGAAGAAAAAAGCAGCAAUCAUUAUUCAAAGUCAAAUCAGAAGAUGUUUGUGUCGAUGGUGGUAUUUGAGAAUGAAGAAAGCAGCUAUUACCACUCAAUGUGGCUGGAGAAUGAAAGUUGCACGCCGAGAACUGCGGAAGCUUAAAAUGGCUGCUAAAGAAACAGGAGCCCUUCAAGAUGCUAAGACUAAGCUGGAAAAGGAAGUGGAAGAACUCACAUCAUACUUAGAGCUUGAGAAACAAAUGAGGAUGGAGCUUGAGGAAACCAAAACUCAAGAAGUCGAAGAGUUGCGGUUAGCUUUAAAUGACAUGAAACUUCAGCUUGGGGAAACUCAAGAAACCAAAAGUGAGGAGAUUUUGAAGUUGCAGUCUGCCUUACAAGAUAUGCAACUGGAAUUUGAAGAACUUGCUAAGGAGUUGGAGAUGACAAAUGAUCUUGCUGCAGAAAAUGAACAGCUCAAGGAUUUGGUGAGCUCGUUGCAAAGGAAUAUUGAUGAAUCCAAGAACAAAUAUGAAAAAACAAGUAAGCUAAGUGAAGAGAGGGUAAAACAGGAGGUUCCCUUCAUUGACCAAGGUGUAAUUAUCAAACUCGAAGCUGAAAAUAAAAAAUUGAAGGGACUGGUCAGUACAUUGGAGCAGAAAAUCAAUGCGUUAGACGGAAAGCACGACGAAACAAGCUCAAACAUCUUAGACGAGUUGAAAGAGAGUGCUUCAUCUGAUUAUGAGAUGUUGAGUAAUCUUGCAGCAGAAAAUGAACGUCUGAAGGCACUUGUGAGUUCAUUAGAGAAUGAAACUAAUGAAGACGAUGGAAAUGGUUCAUCAAAUGAGUUAAAGGAAAAAACACGCAUGGUGAAAGAAGAGAGAUUAGCAGAAGAUGUUUCGGUUGAUAAGGAAAUGGCCGACAAGCUUGCUGCUGAAAACAAAGAUUUAUAUGAUCUGGUAGAUUUGUUGGAACAGAAAAUAGACGAAACAGAGAAGAAGUAUGAGGAAGCAAGUAGACUUUGUGAAGAGAGGCUUAAGCAGGUUAUAGACACAGAGACAAAACUAAUAGAGUUAAAAACAUCGAUGCAAAGGCUUGAGGAAAAGGUCUCUGACAUGGAAACAGAAGACAAAAUUCUUCGGCAGCAAGCAUUGUUUGAUUCAGCUUCCCGGAAAAUGUCACCCCAGGUGUCAUUUACAAGACCCCCACCAGUGGAGAAUGGACAUCAUGAAUCAUUUGCUCCUAUACCAUCAGGCAGGUUCGGGGCAAUGUCUUUCAGACGAUCUCAGAUUGAACAACAACCCCAUGAAUAUGUUGACGUCCUUCUCAAAUGUGUAUCACAAGAUGUCGGUUUCAGCCAUGGAAAGCCUGUUGCCGCAUUAACAAUAUAUAAAUGUCUCAUACACUGGAAACUAUUUGAAGCAGAGAAAACCAGUGUCUUUGACCGUAUUGUUCCUAUAUUUGGUUCAGCUAUAGAGGACCCGGAAGAUGAUAACAAUUUGGCUUAUUGGCUUACAAACACAUCUACGCUGCUGUUCUUGCUUCAAAGAAGCUUGAAAUCCCAUAGUACAACCGGUGCAAGUCCUAAGAAACCUCCUCAGCCAACUUCUUUUUUUGGGAGGAUGACACAGGGUUUCCGUUCACCCUCUUCGGCCAGCCUUUCAGGUGACGUAGUGCAACAAGUAGAUGCUCGAUACCCUGCUUUACUUUUCAAGCAGCAGCUUACAGCCUACAUUGAAACUAUAUAUGGAAUAUUUCAAGAGAAUGUGAAGAGAGAACUAGCACCGGUGCUUUUGUCCUGUAUUCAGGGACUGAAAGAUUUAUCACAUGAGUCCUCUGCAGAGACUUUAUCUGCUGAGUCAUCUGAACAGAAUUCACCAGAAAAGCCAUCUGAAGGGAAUCCACCGGGAAACCUGUCUGAAGAUAAUUCACCAGCAAAGCCAGCUGAAGAAGAUAUGUCACCAGAAAAGCCAUAUGAAGAAGAUAAGUCACCAGCAAAGCCAUCUGAAGAGAACUCACAGGAAAACCUAUCCAAGGAGAAUCCACAGGCAAAGCUAUCCACAGAGAAUUCAUCAGCAAAACCAUCUGAAGAGAAUACACCCACGAAAAGUUGGCAAGACGUCAUAGAUCUUUUAGAUCGGCUUCUCCGCACAUUGAAGAAAAAUUACGUUCCUCUGUUUCUUGCUCAGAAGAUCUUCAGCCAAACAUUCCAAGACAUCAACGUUCAACUCUUUAACAGCCUUUUGCAACGUGAAUCCUGCACAUUCAUAAUGGGAAAGAAAGUGAAUGCCUGGUUAAAUGAACUCGAGUCAUGGUGUAGCCAGGCAACUGAAGAGUUUAUAGGAUCUUCAUGGGAUGAACUCAAACACACAAGACAAGCUGUGAUACUCCUGGUUUCAGAACAGAAGUCCACAAUUACAUAUGAUGAUCUUACAACUAACCUCUGCCCGGCUCUUAGUACUCAGCAAUUGUAUAGAUUAUGUACCCUCUGUAAAAUUGAUGAUCACCAGGAUCAGAAUGUAUCUCCAGACGUGAUUUCCAACUUGAAACUUCUAACUACAGAUGAUGACGAAGACAGUCGUUCGUUCUUGUUAGACAAUAAUUCCAGCAUCCCCUUUGCAGCCGAUGAAAUCUCCAACUGUAUGCAAGAAAAAGACUUUGCCAAUGUAAAACCAGCUGUGGAACUCGCUGAUAACCCUAACUUCCACUUUCUCAAGGACUGAGACCUGUUCGAUUCUGACUUAAUAUGUUGCAAUUAAAUUGUAUAGUAAUCCUUUGCAUAGCUUUACGGUUUGUAGAAUCUUUGGUCGGUUCGUCAUCUAGGCUUUGGGAGGGAAUUUUGAGCUUAAGUGUAGGGCUCGCUCCCUUCUUUUGAUUUGUACGUUCAUUAUCUUCAGGGUGGUGGUUAGGUAAAAGCCAAUAGCAUUUUUUUUUACUUAUACAGCAGGAAACUUCUCUAUGUAGACAAACAGUAGAAAUCAGUUUUGUAACCUUUUCUGGAGAGAUUUGGUGACACCCUUAGUCCCAAAAUGGGUCAGAGAUUCAUAAUUGGCCU